AUGGCUGCCCCCGCCGUCGAAACGACCGCCGCCGCCGUCGUCGCCGCCGCCACUGCCGCCGCGACGCUGCGCUUCAUCGACACGCUGGAUCUCACGCUGACCUCCUUUAUGAUUUUCACGUCUGCCCCCCUCUUCAGCAUAUGGUUGAAAGCUCCCGAAAAUUUCCGCAAAACGUUAAGUGAAAACGAGACGACAAACCACUGA